GUCAUCGUGAUCACUCAUGCUUAUGGUGAUAGAAAGGGGAUACGCUAUCUCUCUAAUGGAUUAAAGGUUUAUUACCUCCCAUUUCUUGUUGUGUACAAUGGCUGUAGCCUUGCGACAAUUAUUGGUAGCUUGCCUUGGCUGAGGAAAAUCUUUCUUAGAGAAAGAAUUCAGCUCAUACAUGGACAUUCAACGUUUUCUUCAAUGGCUCACGAGGCUAUGUUCAAUGGCUGGUUGAUGGGUAUCAGAACAGUUUUCACCGAUCACUCAUUGUUCGGUUUUGCCGAUGCCUCGGCUAUUCUUACAAACACCCUUGUUCUUCAGUAUUCUUUAGCUAACGUCGACAGAGUGAUUUGUGUCUCGUACACCAGGUCAAAGGAAAACACAGUACUGCGUGGGAAGCUUGAUCCGCGAAAAGUGUUCACUAUACCGAAUGCUAUCGAAACUAGACUUUUCUAUCCGGAUCCGAAAAACAUGUUUUAUGGAAAUCCAACCACUAUCAUAUUUUUGGGACGCUGGUGUAUAGAAAAGAUAUGUGCACGUCAUCCUCAUGUGCGAUUUAUUGUUGGUGGCGAUGGUCCGAAGAGAUUAGAACUGGAGGAAAUGCGCGAGCAGUAUCAUCUGCACAGCCGUGUUACUCUGUUGGGUACACUACCACAUGACAUGGUGCGAGAAGUGCUUGUUCAAGGCCAGAUAUUUAUCAACACGUCCUUAACGGAAGCGUUUUGCAUGAGCAUUGUGGAGGCCGCCAGUUGUGGAUUGCAUGUCGUUUCCACAAAAGUCGGUGGGAUACCGGAGGUACUUCCAGCAGAAUUUAUAGCGCUUGAAGAACCAGUUCCGGAACGUAAGAUAUCACACAUUUACAUUCGUAUAACUAUUCAUAUUUUUGGUGCUGACUUAUAG